CCCGCUCCCUGCCGCCCCCUCCCCGCCCCCGCUCACAUCCCGGCUCUCCCGCUCUCCCAGGACCCCGCCGCGGCCAUUUGAGCGACUCGGUGGCGGAAGGAGACCAGGAAAGGGCCGGGCAGAGGCCGGAGAGAGCCGGGAGCCGCUGGGAAGGAGCCCUCGAGGGCCCGGGAAGGACCCGGGACAGGCCCGGGACAGCGAUGUCGGCGGGGGGUGCGCCCCAGCCCGCCCACGCCCUGGAUCUGCUCCCGUAUUCCCGGCUGAGCCCGGCGCCGCGGGCCGGAUCCCAGCUGGAUGCCGUCGGCGCCGAGAUCCCCUCGGACCCCUGCACAGGGUACCGGUUCUUUAAGCCGGGGGGUUUGUUCGGGAUGAAGCCGCCGGAGGAGCCCUUCGGAGCCGCGCGGCCGGGCCCGGAGGAGUCCAAGGCCCUGGGCAGCCCCUGCGCCGUGGAGCCCGGGCGGGUGAGCAAGGUGGAGCCCGAGGAGAAGCCCGGGAUUGGCGCCGGCUCCCUGGAGCUGUUUCCGGCCGCGGGCGGCAGCUCCGGCCGCUGGUUCCCCGGCGGGCAGCGCGGCCCCGAGCCCCCCCGGGACCCCCCUGCCCCCCGCGCCGGCUGCUGGGGCGCCCAGGGGGGCGUCCCCGGCCCCUUCCGCUGCGCCCAGUGCGGGAAGGGCUUCCGGCAGAAGCAGAGCCUGGUGACGCACGAGCGCAUCCACACCGGGGAGAAGCCGUUCCGCUGCGGGGACUGCGGCAAGAGCUUCAGCCAGCGGCCCAACCUGCUGACGCACCGGCGCGUGCACACGGGCGAGCGGCCCUUCCCCUGCGCCCAGUGCGGCAAGAGCUUCUCGCAGAAGGCCAACCUGCUGGCGCACCAGCGCAUCCACGGCGCCCACCCCGAGGAGGGCAAGGCGCGGGCGCGGGCGCCGGCGCGGGGCUGCCCCGAGGACGCGCCCUUCGUGUGCCCCGAGUGCGGGAAGAGCUUCCGGCAGAAGCCCAACCUCAUCACGCACCGGCGCAUCCACACGGGCGAGCGGCCCUUCUCCUGCUUCCUGUGCGGCCGCAGCUUCAACCAGAAAACCAACCUGGUGACGCACUACCGGGUGCACACAGGUGAGCGGCCCUUCGCCUGCGCCCAGUGCGGCAAGCGCUUCACCCAGAAAACCAACCUGGUCACGCACCAGAGCACCCACACCGGGCGCGGCCCCUUCCGCUGCGACACCUGCGGCAAGCGCUUCAGCCUCAAAACCAACCUGGCCACCCACCAGCGCAUCCACACAGGUGAGCGGCCCUUCACCUGCGGCGUCUGCGGCCGCCGCUUCAACCAGAAGGGCAACCUGGUGACGCACUACCGGGUGCACACGGGCGAGCGCCCCUUCGCCUGCGCCCAGUGCGGGAAGCGCUUCGCGCAGAAGCCCAACCUGCUGGCACACCAGAAGACGCACCUGGGCCGCCAGCCCUUCACCUGCCUCGAGUGCCCCAAGCGCUUCAAGAGCAAACUGUCCCUGCGGGUGCACCAGCGGGUGCACGCCGGGACCCCCGGCACGGCCCCCGGCGCCCCGGACCCCGCCGCGAGCCCCUUCCCCUGCGCGCUCUGCGGGGAGUCGUGCGCGGAGCACGGGGGGCUCCGGCCGGGCCACGGCUGCGCCGAGCCGCUGCACGGCUGCGCCAAGUGUCCCCACGGCUGCGCCGAGCGUCCCCACGCUUGCGCCGAGCGUCCCCACGGCUGCGCCGAGCGGCUCCGCGCCUGCGGCGAGCAGCGCCGCACCUGCGCGGAGCAUCCCCAGGCCUGCGCGGAGCAUCCCCACGCCUGCGAGCGGCCCCACGCCUGCGGACAGCCGCAGCCCUGCGCCGAGCGGCCGCACCCCUGCGCUGAGUGUCCGCACCCCUGCGAGCAGCCCCACGCCUGCACCAAGCGGCCCCACGCGUGUGAGCAGCCCCACGGCUGCGCCGAGCGUCCUCACGCCUGCGCCGAGCAUCCUCAUGCCUGCACCGAGCAUCCUCAUGCCUGCGCCGAGCAUCCUCACGCCUGCGCCGAGCAUCCUCAUGCUUGCGCCGAGCGCCACGGCUGCGCCGAGCAGCCCCACGCGUGCGCCGAGUGCCCCCACGCGUGCGCCGAGUGCCCCCACGGCUGCGCCGAGCGGCCCCACGCGUGCGCCGAGUGCGGGAAGCGCUUCCGGCAGAAGGUGAACCUGGCCGUGCACCUGCGGACGCACACCGGGGAGCGGCCCUUCCGCUGUGCCGACUGCGGCAAGGGCUUCAGCCAGAAGGCUCACCUGCUGCGGCACCGCCGCACCCACGGCGCCGGGCUGGCCGCCCCCUGCGCCGGCCCCGUGCCCCCCUGUAAGUGCCCCGGGGGGGGCCCGAGCCCCCGGGCGCCAGGGCUGCCCCCGCCGUGCUGCUGCGCCGCCUGCCUGGCCCCCCGCCCUCCCGAGCCGCCCCGCGGGCAGCUCUGGGCCAAGGCCGGCGGCUGCGCUCGGGCCUUCGAGGAGAAGAGAGUGCCGGGAGCGCCGGAGCGCGAGUGCGGCGAGGAGAAACCGGCGCCGUGCCCCGGCUGCCUGUGAGCCCCGGGACCGCCCCGGCUGCCUGCGACCCCCGCUGGGACCUGCGCUGAGAGCCCCCCACCAGGACCCCCACCCUGCCCCGGCUGCCUGUGAUCCCCCCUCACCGGAACCCCGCUGAGACACCCCCAGCAAGGAGCAGCCCUCGGCUCCUGGGGUCACCUGCGGUGAGCCUGGAGGAGAUGGAGCCGAGGGGACGGAGCCAGAGGGACGGAUCCGAGGGGACAGAGCCGAGGGGACAGAGCCAAAGGGACAGACCCGAGGGGACAGAGCCAAGGGGACAGAGCCGAGGGGACAGAGCCGAGGGCUCGGUGCCACGGUGACACUGCUGGCUGGAUUCAGCUCUGGGACUCGGAGGAGCCUCCAGCCGCGGCUGUGGGGCACAGCAGAGCCAGGCAGGGACAUGGCACAUUCCUGGCUCGGGAAGACACCAAAGGGCUGGAGGAGACAGCGCUGGAGUCGGACCUGCCGUGGGCUCCAGCCGCACAGACCAGCAAGAGCCGGGCACAGUGGAGCUGCAUCCGCUGGAGCCAGACUUGGGACAAGAGGAGCCCUGAGGGGCUCUGUCUGCUUCCAGAACCUUCCAGCCUGUUCCGGGCUGGAUGGCAUUCCCUGAGGACACUGAGGCUGGGAUGGGAGCCCUGCUGCGGGCUGACCCGGGGCCCAGUGCAGCUCCGCGCGGGGGAGCUGGGAGCACGCUGGGAGAACAGCCAGGAAAAGGGCCUGGAAGGGCUCGGCUCUGCUUCCAGAGGGGCCCGGAGACGCCUCCGGUGCCGGGGGGAUGGGGGGCAGCUUGUGCUUCUGCUUGCUCUGGGUAACUGCGCGCUUUGGGACUCAAUAUUCCGGAUUUGGGAUGGGUGGCCGCUGGGCUGGAGCUGGAGCUGGGGUUGUGGUGGUGGUGGGGGGCUCUGGGAGGCUCCAGAGGCACGGGGGGGCUUUGCUGGGGUUGGCGUGGCCUCUGCCUGUCCCCCCGGGGUGCACGGUCUGGGGCAGAGCUUUGGCCACAGACACGGCUGGGAGCUGCCGCUGCUUCAUCCCCAAGGGAAUCGGAUCCUCUGACGGGACCAACACCGGGACAGCCGCCCCCGGAGCCCCGGCGGGGCAGGGGGUCCCCCUCCGGUCCCCCUCCCCAGCUCUGCUCUCUGCAAUUCUAUUUUUUGAGGUUAUUUAAAAUAAAAGCUUCUGACGGCUCUGGGGCUCCAGGUGCUCUCUCUGGGACUGGGGGGGACACAGGGGUCUCUCUGCAGCCUCAGCGCUGGCCUGAGCCCCGGGAACGGCGCUGACCCCAUGGCCAAGGGGCCACCGGGACGGUGACAGAGCCAGUGCCAGCCUUCCCAUGUGCUCUGCGACCACCAGACCCCACCUGGACACCAGGGGGUGCCCCCCGAGGUGACAUUCGAGGAGGUGGCCGUGCACUUCUCCCCCGAGGAGUGGGCGCAGCUGGCGCCCUGGCAGCGGGCGCUGCACCGCGAGGUCAUGGGCGACAACUACGA